AAGAACAAAACCUCGACUCGACUGGAGCCACCAAAAGUAAACAAGCAGGAGCAACUCGGCCACUCCACCGAGCAAGCAAGCCGUUGCAGUUGCUCCUAAAUCUCGUCGAUGGCGCCGCCGUCGCCCAUCACGUGCCGCCCCAGCGCCGCGGCGCGGCACCCGCUGCUGCUCCGCGUCCCUGCGGCGCGCGCCACGGCGCUGGGGCUGACACUGCCGAGGAGGGAGGCCGUUGUUGCGCCACGGACGCACAUGCGGCGGAUCGAGGCGGAGCCGUGGGCGUCGGCGUUGGUUGGGGUGAGCAGGAGCAGGAGAGAGGACGCGGCGAGGUGCGCGGCGGCGGGGGAGGUGGCGGGGAGUACUGGGGUGAGGAGGAGUGCCGGAAUGGAGGCGGCCCUGGCGGCCGCGGCGGUCGUGGCCAUGGGCACGGGGAACCGCGUGCUCUACAAGCUCGCGCUCGUGCCGCUCCGGGAGUACCCCUUCUUCCUCGCGCAAUUCGCCACGUUCGGCUAUGUAGUUGUCUAUUUCUCGAUCCUGUAUCUUCGUUAUCAAGCUGGUAUUGUCACCGAUGAGAUGCUGUCUCUACCACAUAAACCUUUUCUAGCUGUAGGACUCUUAGAGGCUUUUGGAGCAGCAUCAGGGAUGGCUGCCGGGGCUGUUCUUUCUGGGGCUUCAAUACCGAUACUGUCACAGACCUAUCUCGUCUGGCAGCUUCUUCUAUCUGCUAUUUUCUUAAAGAGGCGCUAUAGAAUCAACGAGAUAACUGGAUGCUUUCUUGUGGCCGUUGGUGUCAUAAUAACUGUAGCAAGUGGAUCAGGUACUGGUCCUUCAUUAAAAAGUACUGGAAUUUUAUGGCCACUAUUAAUGAUUAUAUCAUUCUUUCUCCAAGCUGCUGAUACUAUAUUGAAGGAAAUAAUAUUUAUAGAUGCUGCUAAGAAACUGAAGGGUGGCUCAGUUGAUCUUUUUGUUGUCAACUCGUAUGGCUCUGCUUAUCAAGCUCUUUUUAUGUGUCUCUUGCUGCCUUUCCUGUCAAAGUUAUGGGGAGUUCCAUUCCAUCUACUACCAACGUACAUCAAAGAUGGUGCAGCCUGCUUCCUAAACAUGGGAUCACUAUCUUCUGGCUGUGAAGGGGCACCACUACUACCACUACUAUUUGUGUUGGUUAAUAUGGGAUUCAAUAUAUCAUUACUACACCUACUAAAGAUCUCUUCGGCAGUUGUAUCUUCCCUGACCUCUACAUUCUCAGUUCCGCUGUCCAUCUACGCUUUCACCUUACCACUGCCGUACAUCGGUGUGGCAUCAUCUCUCCCACCUGGCUUUGUUGCGGGUGCAGUGGUACUCACCGCCGGCUUACUACUGUACAGCCUCCCACAGGGACAACAUUCUGGAAAUUCUUUCCAUAACAGGAAUGACUAGCUAGCAUUUAUUUCUUCAUUGAUCUACAACCAUUUACUCCAAGAUGGUGCGCCAUCUGGGCUUGAAAGGCAGAACAGAAAUUCUCCUGAGGGCCAUUUUUUUAUAUGAUUGAAAAAAAUUAUGGCCUUGUGCGUUA